AUGGUUGCUGCUUUGCCCCCAGUCCCCAAGCCGGAAGAUCCACUUGUCAAAUUUACUGAAGCCCUUACAACAAUGAUGACAAGACUACAGAAGAACCCAACAAUUGGAACAAUGCCAACAGAUUCAACUCCACCUCAAAACGGAGGCAAUGAAGCACAGACAUUCCUGAACAUGCAUGAAGAGGUUAUAGAUCCUUUGUUUUUCCUAGCUAAAGAAAUUGACAAGCCAGCACAACACACUCACAGUAAAAAGAGGCGUGUUGAAGAAGAGGCCUCUGAACCACUUGAAAUCUACCAAGAAACCCAGGGGCCUACAGAAAAAGAAAGCUCUGGUGAAAAAGAAAAAGGCUAA